AAGUUAGUUAGUGCUUAUAAAUAGCAGGGCACCUAUGCUUGAACAUCUAGAGCCAAAAAAGCCUAAGAAUCAGGUGUUUAAUAGCAAAUCACCUCAGCUCCUUAAAUGGAGGAAGAAUUUACUUCAGAGGACCAAAAUUACCUAUCAAUUUUAGGUGCUUUGAUGGGACAACUUGUCUCUGCCAAAGAUUUAGUGGUUCAAGCUUCCUAUAUCAUGCUAUAAAAGCACCCUUUUGGAUUGUCUUCUUAAUCUGAAAGCAAGCAGUAGGAACCUCAAAGACCUGAAAGGACAAAGACAAAAAGGAUAUGGCUUCCAAGAUGAGCAUAGGAGUUACUUGUUUUCUAUCCUUUUUAGCAUUGCUCAUGGGAGCUGAAAGUGUGAUUUUUGACAUAAGAAAAUAUGGAGCAAAGGCUGAUGGCAGGUCAGAUGACAGCCAGGCCAUUGCAAAGGCUUGGAAUGCAGCAUGCAUGUCCACAAGUCCGAGCUCGGUCCUGAUAGGAAAAGGUAACUACUUGGUUGGUCCGGUGAUGUUUAAAGGUCCAUGCAAGGCUCCUGUAACUGUUCAGGUUCAAGGAAAUGUCAUGGCUCCAGUGGACGUCAACAAGUUCAAGUCGCAGGAUGGAUGGAUUGUUUUCCAAAAUAUUGAUCGAUUAAGAGUCGUAGGACGUGGAAAAUUUGAUGGUCAAGGAGAACAAGCUUGGGCGAAGAAUGAUUGUGCAAAAACUGGAAAAUGCAAUUCUCUACCCAUAAAUAUGCGAUUCACCUCGGUCACCAACUCCAUAGUCAAAGGCAUAACCUCAGCAAACAGCAAGCUCUUUCACAUGAACAUUAUAAACUGCAAGAACCUCACCCUUCAGAACAUUAUCAUCACUGCGCCAAACCACAGCCUGAACACCGAUGGGAUUCACAUUGGUCGGUCAAUUGGCGUUAACAUUACAGGCGCUAACAUAAAAACGGGCGAUGAUUGCGUCUCUCUCGGGGAUGGAAGCCAACAAAUCAACAUUGAGAAAGUUAAGUGUGGUCCUGGUCAUGGCAUUAGCGUGGGAAGUUUAGGCAGAUACCCCAAUGAACAACCUGUUGUUGGUGUGACAGUGAGAAAUUGCACCAUCUCAAACACAAUGAACGGCGUCAGGGUUAAGACAUGGCCAAAUUCUCCUAAUGGCGUUGCUUCAGAUAUGCAUUUUGAGGAUAUUAUCAUGAACAAUGUUGGCACUCCUGUUCUUAUUGAUCAAGAAUACUGCCCAUACAAUCAAUGCACAUUGAAGGUUCCUUCGCGAGUUAAGAUCAGCAAUGUUAGCUUCAAAAAUAUCCGGGGAACUUCUUCGACUCAGGUGGCCGUGAAGCUUGUUUGUAGCAAGGGCAUACCAUGCCAGAAGGUGGAGUUGAAGGAUAUUAAGCUGACAUACAAGGGAAAAGAAGGUCCUGCCAUAUCUGUGUGUGGUAAUGUGAAGCCUACACUCUCUGGGACAUUGAUUCCAGCUGCUUGCACCAAGUCUCAUUAAUCUUCUUCAGUUGAUUCCAAAUUUUUUUUGUCUACAAAUCAUGACUUAUGUUGAUAUUUCCCUUAGAGGAAAUCUUGACUCUCCUUUUUUUUUAAGUCUAUGUAUCAGUUCUAUCUGAAAGAAACUGAUAGAAUUCUGUACUGUAUUUGUUCUUUCAAAGUCCAUUGAUGUUGCAUGCUAAAUUAAUAAAAGAAAGAUUAAGCUGUUCCAAAUUGAUAACUUG